GUCCACAGUAAAAAAUCGAAAAAGAUGCGUUCUUUUAAGUUUUAAUCAUUUUAAAACUUUUUUUUCCAUUCUUUAUUGGAACCAAAUUAAUAACCAAAAUAACAGCCAGUCGCUCUCCUAGGUUAAUUUCCUGUGCCCCACUCUACCACUUCUUCCUAUGCUUUCUUCCUUUUUGUCAACGUAAGCUCUCUCUCUUCCUCACAUGCUGUUCUUCUCUCUCAGUGUAGAAAUUUCAAGUCUUGAAUUCAUUAUCUUGACCCUUUUAACAGAAGGUCUAUGCCCUUUUCUCAUUUCCUCUAAAUUUGAACCUCAAAGCAAUCCCACUGCCCCUAAUGGAGAAAACACAGGAAAUUACAGUGACCCAGAUGAGAAAAUCAGUUGAAAAGCUUGGUUCUGCAACUGAGAGCUGUAGUGAUACAACAUUGAUGAGAUUCUUGAUUGCAAGGUCAAUGGACCCAGAAAAGGCAGCAAAGAUGUUUGUGCAGUGGCAGAAAUGGAGGUCUGCUUUUGUUCCCAAUGGGUUUAUACCAGACUCUGACGUCCUAGAUGAACUGCAAACAAGGAAGGUAUUUUUGCAGAAUUUAACAAAAGAGGGAUAUCCAGUUUUGAUUGUCAAAGGAAGCAAGCAUUUUCCUGCAAAGGAUCAUCUCCAAUUCAAGAAAAAUGGAACUAAUCAAUAUCAAAUUGAGGAGAUCAGGCCCACGAACAAAAGCCUACUACCAAUGGUUAGGAAUUGGGAAAUUUAUAAGGGAUAUGGACAAUUAUUUAAAGAGUUCGUGGUUCAUUUCCUAGACAAAACAAUUGCAAGCUCAUUCAGAGGAAGAGAAAUAGGAAAUGAGAAAUUGAUUGGCAUUCUUGAUCUGCAGCAAAUUACAUAUAGAAAUACUGAUGCGCGUGGUUUAAUCACUGGAUUUCAGUUUUUGCAGGCUUAUUACCCCGAGCGUUUAGCGAAGUGCUUCAUUUUACAUAUGCCCCGAUUCUUUGUUAGUGUUUGGAGGGUGGUUUCUCGCUUCCUUGAGAAAGCAACACAGGAAAAGAUUGUUAUAGUCAGCAAUGAAGAAGAGAGAGAGAAUUUUAUGAAGGAAAUUGGUGAAGAAAUCUUGCCAGAAGAGUAUGGAGGUCAAGCAAAGCUUGUACCUAUACAAGAUGUUGUGCUGCCCCAGUUGGAGGGUUGAAGCUAAAAUUAGAUUUAACAUGGCGGCUCUUAGUAUAGAUGGAAUUAUUAAAGUUCUAUAUAUAUAUACAUAGAUGAUACCAUCAAUAAGAGUCUGUAGCUAAUUCCAAUUUAAACAUAAAGUACACUAUUAAUCAGUGUUGAUUAGUUGUUAAGCUCUCCUCCUUUACAGCUCCCUCUUGUUAUUGACAUCAAUUGGAUAAGCUUCUUCUUUGUUGCUCCAGCGCACAUGGUUAACGAAGCUGAUGUUGCUUUUGGCAA